AUGUAUGAAGUAACCGAAGCUCCAAACGAGACGAAAAUAGAGUGUGCAUGCAAGAAAUUCACCCGUGUUGGUAUACUUUGCAAACACAUACUAGCAGUUAUGAAGGCAACAGGGUACGAAUCAAUCCCAGACAAGUAUUUAGUUCCACGAUGGAGAAGAGACGCAUGUGCACACCCAAUACACGAUGUGCCGUGGGCAAAAACUACCAAUAUCCCCACCACAAAUGAAUCAUCACGAGUAGCCAAUCAACUUUGGAGCGAAUUCUACAACUGCAUGGGAUUAGUGAGUGGUUGGCCUAACAAAAUGGACCAAAUGCUGUCAACCUUGCAACAACUGAAACAAGACCUACAAAGGGAGCGGCAACAACCACCCGAGAGUGGAAACACCGAAACUAUGUUCGAAAUACUACUAGGAUCAAGCAAGCCAGGAGACAUACAAAUAAAACCACCAAAAGUCGCAAAGAACAAAGGAAGUGGGAAGAGACUCAAAAGCAACAAAGAGAAGGCAAUCACAAAGACCCAAAAGAAGAAAGAGAGGACAUGCAAUAUAUGCAAUCUCCCAGGCCACAACAGCCGCACCUGUCCAGAAAAGGUAGCACAGGAUGAGGCUUAG